GCCAGCGACGGAGGCUCGCUCACGCGGUUAUGUAGAAGCGCGUGUGAAGGACGAAGACAGCAUCUCAGCAGAGUGUUCAUAGCCACUGACCUCGACAUAGCAGUCAGAGAGCAUCAUGGGAGGAGCAGUGGUGGACGAUGGACCUCCCGGGGUGAAGGCCCCGGACGGCGGCUGGGGUUGGGCGGUGCUGGCCGGUGGCUUCGUCAUCACUGGCUUCUCCUACGCCUUCCCCAAGGCCAUCAGCGUCUUCUUCAAGGAGCUGAUCCGAGAGUUUGAUGUCGGCUACAGUGACACAGCCUGGAUCUCAUCCAUACUGCUCGCCAUGCUGUAUGGGACAGGCCCCGUGUGCAGUGUGUUGGUGAACAGGUUCGGCUGUCGACCGGUGAUGAUGGUUGGAGGGCUCUUUGCCUCGCUGGGAAUGAUUCUGGCCUCCUUUGCCACCAGUAUCAUUCACAUCUACCUCUGCACUGGAGUCAUCACAGGUCUGGGUCUGGCGUUGAACUUCCAGCCGUCCCUGAUAAUGCUGAAUCGCUACUUUAGUGAGAAACGUCCUCUGGCCAAUGGCUUGGCAGCAGCGGGCAGCCCUGUGGCGCUGUGCUGUCUCUCCCCACUGGGACAGCUUCUCCAGUACAAGUAUGGCUGGAGGGGCGGGUUCCUCAUACUAGGGGGCUUACUGCUCAACUGCUGUGCCUGCGGGGCCCUCAUGAGGCCCCUGCUGCCUCCUAAGAACCUGGAGGAAAGCACUCCCAUGGCUGCAGAGGAGAAGAAGCCCCAGCCAAAGAAGAAACUUUUGGACUUCAGCGUGUUCAGGGACAGGGGUUUCCUCAUCUAUACCAUAGCAGCUUCUAUUAUGGUACUGGGCUUGUUUGUGCCCCCUGUGUUUGUGGUCAGCUACGCCAAAGGCCUGGGCUAUGAAGACACAAAGUCUGCAUUGCUGCUCACCAUUUUGGGAUUUGUUGACAUGUUCGCUCGGCCCGUGUCGGGACUCAUAGCGGGCCGGAAGUGGGUACGGCCCAGAAUCGUCUACCUGUUCAGCUUCGCUAUGCUCUUCAACGGGUUCACCGACAUCAUAGGAUCUCAGGCGAAGGACUAUACAGGUCUGGUGGUCUUCUGUAUCUUCUUUGGUAUGUCCUACGGUAUGGUGGGAGCACUGCAGUUCGAGGUCCUCAUGACCAUCGUAGGGACGGAGAAGUUCUCCAGCGCCAUAGGCCUGGUGCUGCUGAUGGAAGCUGUUGCUGUUCUACUGGGACCUCCUGGAGCAGGUCGCCUCUUGGAUGCCACCCAUCAGUACAUGCACGUCUUCCUGUUGGCGGGCUGCGAGGUCACGCUGUCAGCCAUCGUCAUCUCCCUGGGUAACUUCUUCUGCCUCAGCGGGAGAAAGCAGGAUCCAGAGGCUAAGAUGGAGAUGGCUGUCAUUGCUUCAGAGAAAGAGGGGCUUAACGGUGGGGUUGAGGGCUUGGAAGAUGCUGAAUGUGAAGAGGAGCCAAAGGAAAAGAGAAGGGGAAAAGACAGUGCUCUGAAGGCAGGGGAGGAGGUGAUGAUGGUGAAGGAGAUGGUGGAGAACGAGGGAACACAUCGUUAUGAAGAAAAAUGUGAAUGAAAAGUACUGUG